ACCCCACUGUUGGAUGGCAAACCGGUACGCAUGGAAGUGGACACUGGUGCAGCAGUUUCAUUGGUCUCAGACUCGGUGUAUAAGGAAAAGUUGAAGCAUCUUCCACUUAAGGCAACAAAGAUCAUUCUGAAGACAUAUACAGGAGAAGCAGUACCCCUAUUGGGCACUACUGAUGUUAAGGUGGAACUAAAUGGACGGACUGCAGAAUUACCACUGUUUGUGGUGAAAGGCCAUUACCCAGCCUUAAUGGGGAGAUCAUGGCUUAGGAAGAUCCCACUGGACUGGGCAGAAGUGCACCGGAUGACUAAAGAAGAAACAGGUCUGACUGAUAUAUUAAAGAGACAUGCUGCUGUUUUUGGAGAGGAUCUGGGAAGUAUGAGGGGAAUCACCGUGAAACUGAACAUUAAACCUGGUAGCCAACCAAAAUAUCUGAAGGCCAGAACUGUGCCAUAUGCUAUCAGACCAAAAGUUGAAGCAGACCUGGAGCGCCUAGUCAAAAAUGGAGUCCUAAUACCAGUUACCCAUAGUCCAUGGGCAACUCCAAUAGUUCCAAUAUUGAAGAAAGAUGGUUCUAUUCGGAUUUGUGGGGAUUUUAAGGUCACUGUUAACCCUGUUUUAUGUGCAGAGCAAUACCCCCUUCCUCGCAUCGAUGACAUCUUUGCGGGCCUGGCUGGGGGAGCCUUGUUCCAGAGAGCUAUGGACCAGAUCUUGUGUGGCUUGCCAGGAGUUAAGUGCUAUCUUGACGACAUCCUGGUCAUGGGUGGGAAUGAGGAGGAUCACCUUAAGAACUUAGAGGCUACCCUACAAAGACUGGAAGAGUAUGGCCUACGAGUCCGUAAAGAUAAGUGUGCAUUCUUUCAGCCCUCUGUUGAAUAUUUGGGACACAUCAUUGAUGCUACUGGUCUUCAUAAGUCCUCUUCAACAGUUAAGGCUAUUGUGGAAGCUCCACCCCCUCAAAAUGUUAGUCAACUUUGCUCAUUUCAAGGACUAUUGAACUAUUAUGGAAGGGUUAUUUCACAGCUAGCCACACUAUUAAAACCACUUCACGAGCUCCUUGGCCAGAACAAGGUCUGGAAGUGGACUGACGCCUGUGAUGUUGCAUUUAACAAGGCUAAAUGUGCAUUGCUAAAUGCAGAGGUCCUGACGCAUUUUGAUCCAUCCUUACCUUUACAGUUGGCUUGUGAUGCCUCCCCAUAUGGAGUGGGCGCGGUCUUGUCACAUGUUAUGCCCUCAGGAGAGGAGAAACCAAUUGCUUUUGCUUCACGCACCUUAAGCACAGCUGAAACUAACUAUGUGCAAAUUGAAUGUGAAGAAUUGGGAAUCGUUUUUGGAAUUCGGAAAUUUCACCAGUACCUGUUUGGAUGGAAGUUUACACUUCUCACUGACCAUUGACCUCUGACGGCAGUUUUUGGUCCACACUCAGGUAUUCCACCAAUGGCUGCUAGUCGUAUGCAACGAUUGGCAUUGUGGCUUUCAGGACACACACAUGAGAUCAGAUAUCGGAAAGCCACUCUACAUGGCAAUGCAGAUGGUCUCUCUAGGCUGCCUUUGCCAGUCAAACAUCAAGAUAGUGGCCAGAAGGAAAUCUUUUACUUUGAGCAGGUAGAGAACAGGCUCGUCACUGCUGCAGAAGUUAAGAGAGCAACUCGUGUUGACCCAGUACUCUCCCAAGUAAUGGAACUAGUGAUGCGUGGAACAUCUCUACGGAACUCUGAGGUCUCAUCUGACCUUCUCCCUUACAUGUCUAGGAGAAAGGAGUUAUCAACCCAUUCGGGGUGCUUGUUGUGGGGAAUGCGUGUCAUUAUUCCAAAAAUCCCGAGACAACAGAUGUUAGAACUGCAUUCAGGUCACUGUGGAAUGGUGCGCAUGAAAGAAAUUGCACGAAGCUAUUUUUGGUGGCCUGGUUUGGACAGUGACAUUGAAGAGAAGGCAAGAGCUUGUAUUUCUUGCCUGGGUGUGAGGAAUGCACCUCAAUUGGCACCUCUGCACCCAUGGGACUGGCCUGAAAAACCAUGGCAAUGUAUUCAUGUUGAUUUUGCUGGCCCAUUUGAAGGUAGCAUGUUCUUGAUGGUGGUAGAUGCUCAUUCCAAAUGGCCAGAAGUCUGUAUAAUGCCUUCCACUACUGCUGAGAGUACUAUCCAAAACUUACGGGGAAUCUUCUGUCAUUUGGGUAUUCCUGAACAACUUGUGAGUGACAACGGUCCACAGUUUGUGUCUCAGGAGUUUGGAAAUUUUAUGAAAGCAAACGGGAUCCAUCACAUCACUUCAGCACCGCAUCACCCGGCCACAAAUGGAUUGGCUGAAAGGUUUGUCCAGACAAUUAAACAAGCUUUGAAAUUGGUUAGAGAACAUUCACUCGUACAAAAGAGUCUGGACACCUUCUUACUAUCCUACAGAAACACUCCUCACGCUACAACCAAAGUGUCCCCGGCUUUUCUAAUGAUGGGACAUCAGCUACGCACAUGCUUUGAUUUGCUGAAACCUUCA